AUGGUAGCAGGAUUUGGUGCGUCUGCGUUGUUUGACAUGAUCGAGUACUACGAGUCGGCCACACACCUCAACAUCUCCUUCAACAAGCACAUCGGCACGAGGGGAUGGCAGGCCGCCUCCCACAUGAUGAGGAAGACAAGCUCUCUGACGUACCUGGACGCGCGGAACACGCCCCUUCUGGACCACUCGGCCCCGUUUGUUGCGCGCGCCCUCAGGAUCAGCGGCAGCCUGGCCGUGCUGCACCUGGAGAACGCUGGCCUGUCUGGACGGCCGCUCAUGCUGCUGGCCACUGCUCUGAAGAUGAAUAUGAACCUGCGGGAGCUCUAUCUGGCUGAUAACAAGCUUAAUGGACUCCAGGACUCGGCCCAGCUGGGCAACCUGCUCAAGUUCAACUACAACAUCCAGAUCCUGGACCUGCGCAACAACCACAUCCUGGACACCGGGCUGGCUUAUGUGUGUGAAGGCCUGAAGGAACAGAGGAAAGGUCUGGUCACACUGGUGCUGUGGAACAACCAGCUCACACACAAUGGCAUGGGCUACCUCGCAGCUGCACUGCCGUGCACACAGAGUCUGGAGACGUUGAACCUGGGCCAUAACUCUGUGGGGAAUGAGGGCGUUCACAAGCUGAAGGACGGCCUCAUCGCCAACCGCUCCGUGCUCAGACUGGGGCUUGCCUCCACCAAACUCUCCUGCGAGGGUGCUGUAGCGGUGGCUGAGUUCAUUGCGGAGAGUCCUCGGCUGCUACGGCUGGACCUGCGUGAGAACGACAUUAAGACAGGCGGCCUGAUGGCUCUCUCCCACGCCCUCAAGGUCAACACCUCUCUGCUGCGCCUGGACCUGGACCGCGAGCCCAAGAAGGAGACGGUGAAGAGCUUCAUAGAGACACAGCGCGCCCUGCUGGCUGAAAUCCAGAACGGCUGUAAGCGGAACUUCAUCCUGGCGCGCGAGCGCGAGGAGACCGAGCAGAAGAUGCGGCAGUCGGCCUCCAUGGCCGAGAUCUCCAGCGAGGAGACGCCGCGCCCCGAGGAGGAGGGCGAGGAGGCCUCUGCCGCCGCCACCACCACCAGCGUCUCCGCCGUCACGUCCUCCCCUGUGGCCGAGGGAGACCAGAGUGGCGGCGGAGGUGGAGAGGAGGGAGCGGCCGAGUCCAAACCUGACGGAGGGGACACGGGAAAGGAGAGCUCGUCGCAGGUGGCAUCGUCUGUCAUCGACGACUCCGACUCGGACACGGAGGAAGAGGAGGAGGAGGAGGAGAAGAAGAACGUGCCAGCCGGACGAGGGGCGUCGUUGAUGAACGAAGGCGCUCCGCGGCCCGCGAAACUGCCCAGCGCCGGUGCUAGCCCCUCCCACCGCAGCCCUGGUCCAAUCAGCAGCAGUAUCAGUGGAAGCGCGCCUCUGACUUCCACCCUGUCCGCCAUCACGGUCACCGAGGCACCGGUGCCCCCCGGCACACCCCCCUCGCCCGGACGCUGCAUCUCCGUGUCCAGCCCCGGGCGCGGCCACAAGAUCUUCAUGGUGACCCGCGUGGAGAGCCCGCCCGAGCAGCCGCAACUACUGGCCCAGCUCCAGUCCUGGAGGGAGCAGGAUCGGGCUGCCCAGACCCAGAGCCAGAGCCAAGGACCCAGCCCGACCAACAAAGACACCACCUCGAAGCCCAAAGAGGCUGAGCACACCCACGGCCCAGCGCAGGCGUCCUCAGGCGGGGAUGUUCCACGUCAGGGUGCAAGCGGGCCUGCUGAGGAGGGACAGGUGGACUCACUUGCGCGGAAGAAAGACCAGAGCCAGCUGUCCGAAGCCCUAACCGACCCGCUAGGGGCCCAGCUGUUGCAGCCUAACCCCCCAGCGCUACAACACCAGCAGCCCCCGGCACAGACCGACUCGAGUGUAACCCCACCGAGACAACCAAAUACAGCCUCCGCAGUGGGCGUCAGCGAGGACCUGAAGGAAAGCAGCCAGGCGGUUUCUGCAGAGCUCAGCCAGCCUUCGGCUGAUGGACAAGCAGAAGCAACCAAAGCAACAGAAGCGACAGCAGCAACAGCAGAAGCGACAGCAACAGCAGCAGCAGCAGAAGCGACAGCAGCAAAAGCAGCAGCAGUGACACCAAACCCACCGGAGCAGCAGCCUCAGGGCAGCCCAGAUGCGCACACGCAACCCCAGCCUGCCCCGGUCAGCGCCGACACACUAAGCAGGCCAGAGCAGGUCCUGGAAACGCAGUCCGAUUCACAGACACUGGUAGCAGAGCAGGCAAGCGAGCCGAUCGCAGCAGAGCAGCAGCCCGGGCCACAGGCUUCUGAAACGAUUCCAGAGCCAGCUGCCCAAGAGCAGGAGUCUCGAGAAAGCUCUCAGGCGUCAGAACAGGACCUGCCACCCCAGCAGCAGCAGCAGACUGUGGAGGAGUGUCCCCUGCCCAGCGCGAUGUCCGAGGUCAGUGGUAAUCCGGAGACGACCGUAGUGCUGGAGACACCGGCGGAGCCUGACCCCUGUCCAGGCCCAGAGCAGCUCUCAUCUGAGCAGGUCUUGGAGGCGGAGCUGGAGGCUGAGCUGCAGCUGGUCUUGGAUCAGCAAACGCAGCCGCGUCCUCCUCCCCUCUCUGCAGAGUGUUCAGAUUCCUCGGCCCUGCUGCCUUCUCGGAACACCUCCGCCGCCGUCAGCGGCGCCACAAUGGCCACGGCCACUCAGGAGCAGCACGUCGCCCCAACGGGGGAGGAGCAGGCUUCGGUCACUACGUCGACCGUGGACAUGCCCCAGGCAGAGGAGUCGUCGGGAGACUCCCCAGACGAGAGCUCGACAGACGAUGGCGAGAGCGGCACAGUGGAGCCAUCUGGAGCAGCCCUGCCCAACGGACUGAAGCCCGAAUUCGCCCUGCACCUGCUGGAUCCCGAAGGGCCUAAGCCUGGCAGCUGCGUCAUGGAGCACGUGGCCGCAGAGCUUCAUUGCGGGCAGGACCUGGAGGAGCUGCUGCUGGAAGCCAGCCUGGAUACCGGACGCGAGGCCCCGUAGUGCUGUCACCAUGGUGACUGUAGACCAGCUGGUCUGUAUGUCUUUUGGGCCCUGUGCAAGGCCUUGGGCUUCUGAUGCCCCAAGCCAACCUUCCCACGCACACAACCCCCCAACCCAACCCAACCACACACUUUCUUCCCCCUUCAUCAUUCCUGCUGUCUCUUCACCCUCUCAUUGGCCGCUGUCACACACAUGAUGAUAAUUGAUACUCGCGUAUACAAACACACUCAUACAUACAUACAUACAUACAUACAUACAUACAUACAUACAUACAUACAUACACACACACACACACACACACACACACACACACGCAUUUACACACUCACACACACUAUGAACCCUGAUUAAGAGACAAAGGAAUGAAAAAGAUAAAAGAAAAUAUUGAUCACACCAUGGCCUAGGAAAUGAACACACUACACACACACACUACUAACACACACUAAGUCACAGCCAGAAGAAACACACUCAGUUGUAUGAAAGAAUAAAAAGGACAACUUAUAUAUAUAAAAAAGAAAUACCUUGUGGAAGCUGUCACACUACCCCUUUUUCCAUCACUACAUUCCCCUAGUGGGGUCCAUGAAAGGAAGGAUCUGCAAACGAAUACAAAUAAUGGCAGGAAAAAGAAAAAGUGAAGGCAGAGAAUACUGUCUGAAGAGGAAGAUGAGGAGACAAUAUCUCACUGCUCAAAACCAAAGAGACACGACACAUGCACACUCUCUCUCACACACACACACACACACACACACACACACACACACACACACACACACACACACACACACACACACCUCACAUACUAUACAUACUCUCUUUCCUUUCUGCACCUGUCGGGGCUUGAAAUUGCAACACUGACCUCCAGUGGUGAUCAGAUGUUAUUGCACCUGGCCUCUCUAACUGGACAGGACUCCUACAAGCUCUAACUGGACAGGACUCCUACAAGCUCUAAUGGAGUGUCUUCUCCUUUCUCUCUUUCUCUCUCUCUCUCUCUUUCUCUAUCCUCCCAUUCCUCGUCUCGUUCCACUACGUUCUCUGCGUCUGUUUCACUAAUAGAUCAGAUAAAUGAGUGUGAGGGUGGGAUGGGGGGGUGGGGGGUGUCGCUUGUGUCUAAAGGUGUGAGUGUGUGUGUGUGUGUGUGUGGGAGUACUUGUGCUAAGUCAAGUUUAAGUCUGUCUCAUGAGAAGGAAUACCUCCAAAGUGUAGAAAAAGAGAGCUCCGUACAGUGGAAAGAGACAAAACGCUUAGGAGAAAGUCUUCUGACUGAACUUUUAACUCUCGUCCGGCUCAGCCUUCUCUGAUCUGCCAAAAAAGAAAGAAAGGAAAAAAAAAAAAGUCUAUAAUGGGAUUUUCUCUCGGUUCUCCAUUUGAACAUGUCAGUGCUUAGAAGCUGAAGCCUUUUCGGGAACCAAUGUGAAUGUUACAGGCUGAAAGGAGGGCAGGGGGAAGGAGGUGGUCUUGCCUUGGCAGAGGAAGGCCAUUCUUUAGCGCGACAGUAGCUUUUCUCUGGAUACUUCCAUCACCUGACUGACCUGCAGUCCCCAGUCCCAGUCGAGGGCAGGACCGAGUCCGCCUUGCCCUCGAAAGAAAAGAAAGCAAGAAAAGAAAGCAACGAGUCUAGUGGAAUGUGAUUUCUCUUUCUGCUCCUUUCACAAUUCUCUCACCCUCCCUCCUUCCCUUUCUCUCGCUCUUUCUCUGUCUUUCUCUUGUUGUUUCACAUUUGGCACUACACUCGUUCAGCAGACAAUUAAAACAUGCUCAUUGCCUUUUGA